ACUGCACUUCAUUGAUUCAGCUGAUCUCGGAGAGACAAGACCACGCCGAUUUUUCGACCGUUGUUUUUUUCCGCUUCUUUUUUUUCUUUUUCUCCUCCUCGUGUUCGUGUGUUUUGUUGGCGGCCGGAUUUUGACAGUGCUCCUCGUUUGCCACACAUAGUGUGUGUGUGUGUGCUGUGUUGUGUGUUUUUCAACUCGAACCAAACAAAGCCAAAUUUCGCCAAUACCCACCGGGAUUUUCGGCAACCGGAAAUUUAUAGUUGCACAUUAUAAUUCGUGUUGCAGUCGCACUUGGCAGAAGAAGAGGAACAAGAAGAUUGAUUGAUGCUUUUGUCACCCGGCUCCGCUGAGAAAGUGUCCAAAAUUCGCGUCAAGAACCGAGAACCCGUGCCCUCCUAUCGGAUGGAUCGCAACGACGAUGAAAUCGAUGCGAUGAUGUCGGACGGGGAGGGCGAUUCGAGUGACAACUUGGAUCGUGACGAUUCGAGCGACGACGGAGAUCUGGACGACGGUGUUGGCAACGACCACCAGCUGAAGCGACAGGACGGCGGUGAUAUGGAACAAGAAAUGCAGGUCCAUCAGGCGCUGUUGCGGCAGGCCGAAGCGGCCGCUCACAUGCAAAAUCUGAUGCAGUCGCAAUUGGGUUUGUCGAUCGGCUCUGGAUUUCCCAACUUGUCCAACUUCCCCGGCCUGCCGGGCAUGGCCGGUUUGGGUGGUCUCCAUCCCGACUUGCAGGCCCAACUCCAGGCUCACAUUCAAGCCCUGAGUGGACAGGGCGGCGGUGGCGGAGGUGGCGGUGGACAGCAAGGCACAGGCAACGGGACGAGCAACGGCCACGGCAGCAGCAGCGGCAACGAGAGCCAAUCUCCACCGGCCGGCAUGGGUCCACCCAAGACGUCGUCUCCGCUGUCUGGCCUCAACAACGCCUCUCAAAACAGUUUGCUGAGCCUGGCCAAUUCGAGCCACCACAGCCUGACGACUCCGGCCUCGUCGCCGUACAACAACAAGCAACGCCACCACUCGAACGCGGCCAUUAGUCCCCGUCGCGGCGGCAACGGCCAGCAGCACCACCACAACCACCACCACCACAGCAAAGACUCUAAAGACGACUUGGAUCAAGACUCGAUGGACGGCUCAUCGUCGCCUUCGCCUCCCGCUUCCAUGCUGGCCAGCAUCGCGGCGGCCGCUUCGGCCCUCCGCUCUCCUUCCGGCGGACUCUUGCCGCCCUCGUCGGCCGCUUCGCAUCAUCCGUAUCUGGCCUCGGCCUUCUCCAACGCUCUCGGCGGCCUCUCCGCCCUGACGAGCGGACUCUCGGUCGGCGGCAGCAACGGCGGGGCUCACGGCUCGGCCCACGGUGGCCAGCACCCACCUCUGACCCCAUCGCCUUCGUCCGACUCGCCACAGCAGACGGACGCACCCCGGGGGGCCCCCAAUUCUUCUCAGCAGUCGUGGACUUUUGAAGAGCAAUUCAAACAACUGUACGAGUUGAAUGACGAUGCCGGACGCAAAGCCUUCCUCGACGAACUCUUCGAUUUCAUGCAGAAAAGAGGAACGCCAAUCACCCGUUUGCCGAUCAUGGCCAAGCAGGUGCUGGACCUAUACGAGCUGUACAACCUGGUGGUGGCCCGCGGUGGCCUCGUUGACGUCAUCAACAAGAAAUUGUGGCAGGAGAUCAUCAAAGGCCUACACCUGCCAUCAUCCAUCACAUCUGCCGCAUUCACUUUGCGCACUCAGUACAUGAAGUAUCUGUAUCCGUACGAGUGCGAGAAGGAAAAGUACAGCUCGCCCAACGAGUUGCAGGCGGCCAUCGACGGGAAUCGGCGAGAGGGCCGGCGUUCCAGCUACGGCGCUUACGCCGACUUGGUGCCACGCGGCAACGGAGGCGGCGGCGGCGGCGGUGGCGGCGGAUCGAAUGGCGGAGGUGGCGGCGGGAGCGUGUCGGGCGCUGCCCAGCACGCGGCCUCGCUUAGCGCUCUCGCUUCGCACAUGUCGCACAUGUCGCCGCUCAGUCUCGUCUCUCGUCCGUCCGCCCUCAACGGAAACGGACACCACCACCGACCAGGAUCGGAUUCGCCGCCCAGUCAAUCGCCACAUGAAGCCCUGGCUGAGUUGAAUAUGUCACGCAUCCACCUGUGGAACAUUUACAACAGUUUGGGCGGUGACGUAGGCGGCGAUAUGGCCGCCGCCAUGGCCGCCGCCUCUCGUUUCCUACCCCAAACAGCCGCCACUGCCGGAACAGGAUCGUCGGGAUCCCAGCCACCUCAGACGGAAGCUCUCAACCUGGCCGCCGAGCAGCACGCUGCCGCUCAGGCCGCUGCCGCCGCCGCUGCCGCUGCCCGCGCCCUCGAACUCAACAAGGAGAACAAGGACAAGGAUCGCGAAUCUGGCGGAAACAAGAGCCGACGCGAGCGGAAGGAGGAGGAGCGCGAGAAACGGGAUCGCGAUCGCAGUUAUGAAAUUCACGAGGACCGUUCGCAGUCUUCAAUCCGCAUCAAGGAAGAGUCGCUCAUGCAGGAUGGGCCCCCGGCCAAUAAGCGCCUUCUUCUCGAUGAUGACGUCAGUCUCAACAUGCGAAUGACGCCCAUUGGACUGCCCGGAGCAAACAUCAAAAUUACCAGCAGAGGUGACACCCGCACAAAUGACAAUUCUCUUGUGGUCAGUAUGGAGAUCAACGGCAUCGUUUAUCAAGGCGUCCUGUUCGCCCAGGCGGCGGCCGCCGCUGCUGCCGCCACCGCCGCACUGACACCGGCGCGAGGUCGAUUAGCCUAAGACUGUGCCUCAUCACACACAUCGCCCUUCAGCCUUCACUAAGCCUUUAUCUCUCGUUCUCUAUUUCUCCCAAUAUGUGUGUGUGUGCGUGUGUGACUGUGUGUGUGUGUUCAAACUAUCAAUCGUGUCCGUUCAAUUCACACAAUCCCAGAUUGACCGAAACAAAAUCCAUUGCCGAAGACAACAUGAACAAAUAUUUUGCCGGCCCUUAUUAAUAGCCGUACGUUCUCUUUUCUCCUUGUCCUCCCCCGCCCCCCGACACCAUCACUUCUAUCGUAUUACUUUGGUUUGUUGUCCGGCGACCCAAUUUUCAUACUUCAGCAAAGAGUCAGCAAUUUCAUUAUGACGAGUGUAGAUCUGUUGGGUAUUCACUUAUUUUUUUUUUUGUUUUUGUUUUAUUUUUAUUUUCUUUUGUCGCCUUCACGUUGGGUGUAAUCAAGUCGAAUGUCUUCAUCGUUCGAACCAGACGGAAACCGUUUCCCACCUACUCUGACACGAUUCAAACUAGUUUCAGAUGUCGACCGCGAUCGUGAUGAUGAUGGUGUCUCAUCAUCAUUUGCCCUUGCCUCAAACAAGUUAAAAAACAAAACAAAAAAAGAAACAAAAAAACAACGAAAUGAAGUUCUAUUUUUUUCCCUCUCUGACUUUCAAAUUCUCUUCGUGUCUUUUUGUGUCGAGUGUCGAUUCAAUCCGUUCAUCGCGGCAAAAUGUCACAAGUUGCGCAUCAUCACUGUCGAGUGGAAUCCCAAUUGUGUUUAGCGUGUGUCUUGUUCAUUCACGGUUUAUUUAGCGUCGUCAGAGCAGAUCAAACAUGAUGGCCGUAGCAGGGCUCUGCAGUGCAAUGUUUUUAAAAAAAUCAAAAUACUAGAUCGAGAGUGUGUACGGAGAUAGUUCCAGCCGCCGCCCCCCUCUCUACCCCCCUUUACCCCCUGUUAGUUAAACUCUGAUCCCGAUUUCAUUCAUCUUCAAAGCCUUAUUAUUCUUCUCUUCAAACAUGACGCGUGGAAAUGGGGGGAUUCAUAAGAAAGAAACAAAGAAAAGUUAAUUGAAAUUUAUAUUAAGGUCGUAGAUCUCAGGGACUGACUUUCUUUUUUUACAAAAUUUGGGUUUCGAAAAAAAAAUGGUAUGAAUUAAAAAAUAAAUAGCAAUCAAACUAAUGAACAAUAAAAAUACAAACUAUGUCGAUGACGAAUUGAUCACAUUACGGGAGAGGGGCGAAUCUACGAUUUUUGUGCGUUACCUUCCACCCUUUUUUUGUUCUGACGGAAACAAUCCCGGCAGAAGAUGGGUGCGUAUUUGUAAACUAGACCCCCUCCACACACAAUCCCUCCCCCCACUACCACCACCACCCACUCCACCCCCCAACCAUUUGCCUAUCUACUUCGGCCGGAAACAUAUCCCCUCACUACCCAAAGCUCUCUCCUUCAAUGUUUGCCUUCGUCGAGUAUAGCAAUUUCUUAGAGACCGUUAGUGGUUUUUUUGUCCUUUUUAACUGGAAAUCGUUAUCAAUAGUUUUUUUUUCUUCUCUUGUUUUGUUUACGGUCUUCACAAUGUUCCCAUUUUCGAGCGAAGCAGCUCGUUCGUCAGUUGUUUCUAUUUGUCAUGAUCUAUUUUCUUUUGUCUUCUGAAUAUGUGCGGUAUUUUUUUCUCUCUCUCCCGUUUUUUUCAUUUUCAUUUUCAUUUUCUCGGUAAACGACGUCCUCGUUCGUUUUAUUCACAUUUUCCACCCCAUGACCCUUUUUUCAGUGAAUCCGGGUGGUUUUCAGUGACAACUGAAAUUGUGUGCGUGUCUACCUUUUUUUUCUCUCUCUCUCUUUCAAUUAUUAGUAUUAUUAUUAUUAUUAUUCAUAUCCAAAUAAGGCGCCAUUAUUUUGAAAAAAUGAAAAAUAAAAAAAAUCACGUCAUUACUACGUGACAUUACGGUUUCUUCUCAACGACUGAAUAGUUUCACACACAAGAAUCAUUUCGACUGGCCACGAUCAAACGAAAAUCUCCAAGUGCCUUUUUUUUGUUGUAUUCAGAAAAAAUCCAUUUCACAAUUGUUUGCCAGUAGUUUCUUGUGUGCGAAUUCUAAUCGACCUCCCCCAUCUUUCCCCUCACUUUAGUUUUACCAUAUUUUUAUUAGUUUUCGAUGAUGACGUUCUCUACCAUUUCUGUUCCAGUGCGUUUGUGUGUGUGUUUGUUCCUGUGUGUGUGUGUGUGCGCGCGUGUGUGGGUUUGCGAAUAUGUUAAAGCGUAUCUGAACUAUGGCUUCUCUUGUUUGUUUGAUUUUUUUUUCCACCGUCAAUCACGUAUUCUUAUAGGCUGUUUCUACUCUCCAAGUGUGUAUAAUAAAUACAACAGAAAAACCUUUAAAAAA